CCCAAAAUCAGACAUAUACGACUACAGGAAGCAGCCCAAUGGGUGUUCUUCCACCACAUCGGUCGCGCAAGUUUACUUUCGUGUUUUUGAUUCUUCUUGUUCAUGGCGGAGACUGCAAUGCGACUUUUGAAGACCUGCUAACUGCUUUGAACACCAGUGAGAAAAUAUGGACCCAGCAACGAAGCUUUACAAGUGGUGCUGGCGCCUAUGUGCACAAGUGCAUCUACAAAUCGAAAUUGAGUCUCGAUACAUAUGAAUACAAGUUUUCCCAAUAUUACCGGUCUGGCGGCUACUACUACCAUAAUGACCUCUAUGCUGAACUAUUUAAACAUUUGGAAGGACGAGCGGGACCCGUCAUGCGUGUGAGCAUGUAUCCAGGAACACCUGCAGCAGAGUUCACACUUCGCUGCUGGGUUAAGGAGGAGCGUUGUGCUGUUUACACUAUGACACUCGUAGACAAGGCUGUUUGUGUAAUGGAUAUAUGGGAUGAAAAAAUAGGGGAAGAGUUUCCCAAAUGUUAUGCAGAAUAUUACAAACAUUGAAAGGAACAUUAUCCUGUCUAUGACUCUGACUGCAAGAAGUGACUUCAUACGUGGAAAGUACCAAGGGCAUCAGGAAGCGCAGUGCUCGGCAGAAAGGAAGUCAAUAAAAACAUAUAUGACGCUCUUAUUCGCAC